AUGGUUAAUGCUUUUGGUUAUGAUCGCAAGGCUGAUUACAAGUUAAUAAUCAUGAAUGGAUAUGAUGGAACCCUCGACGUUUAUACAUUAGGAAUAAACUCACCUAAACUAAUUGUCGUUGUUGAUUUCAGUAACGAGAAGUGCGGUGAGUUGCAACUUCCAGAGGAACUCUUACAGAUGAACCAUUUGAGGAUGACCAUUGGAGUUCUGGAAGGGCGCCUCGGUGUAUUUGUUACGGUUUUUGAGGUUUGUUUUAAAGUUUGGGUGAUGCAAGAUUAUGGAGUUCAAGAAUCAUGGAUCCAAUGUUAUGCCUUUGCCCGUGAACUAAUUACGAAGGACUAUGCAUUGAAGUUUAUGUCGACUUUUAGGAAUGGCCAGAUUCUACUAAAGACCGUCUAUGAGUUGUUUCUAUACGACCCAAAGCAUUCAAGUGGUAGAAAACACAGGAUUUCAAGUUGUUUAAGGCUUCUUGAUGCAGUUGAAUAUGUGGAAAGUCUAGUUUCACUCAACUCGGGUACUUAA